AUGCACAAUGGAACGUCUGGUGCCAAUGCUGAUGAAGGCCCGGGUGCUAGUGUGCUUGCAGAGCCACGCAGUCUGGAGCAAUGCCGCAAACUCAUCCUUGAGUGGGCACAGGAGCUCAGGAAGGUGGACAGUUUGUUUAGUGAGGGUACAUGGAGAAAAGAAAGAGACACCUCCUGGGAGCAGAAAGAGAGCCAGGCUGACUCUGCCAAGCAUAUGGAGCAGAAGAUCAUGGAAUGGGCUAAAGAGCUGCAGGCCGUGUCAGAGCGCUGUGGGGUGAUGAGACAAGAAUUGGCCCAAUUUCUCAAGCAGCUGGAACUGAAGAAGAGGAAAAUCUUGACUCUGUUGCCGUUUCUGGAGUUCAUAACUUGGUCUUUGCUGAAGCAGGACAGCCAGGGUGUCGUUCCACAGCUAUGGCUCCUCAGUAAACAUCGUACUUGGAAAACAGAGACACCAAAGUACAUUCCAAACUCAGUGUGGAGAUGGAUCCGCAGUGCUUCAGUGGACAUCUCACUGGACCCAAUGACUAACCACCCAUGGUUACAGCUCUCAGAUGAUAAGAAGAAGGUACAGGAAGCUCUGAGUGAAACUGAAGUGUCGUUCAGCAAGCAGCGCUUCGACAGCUGGCCGUGUGUCCUGGGUUGGGAAGGGCUCACCUCCGGUCGCUACUAUUGGGAAGUAGAUAUUGCCAACAAGGGCUACUGGCGUAUCGGAGUGACCACUGCCUCCUCUAAAAGGCACGGCAGGAGCCCUAUGAACCCCUCUGAGGGCUUUUGGACAAUAUGGAAAAGCACAAGGCAGUUUUAUGCAUGCACCAAGCCGGAGACCGAGCUGCCUCUGACACUUGUUCCUAAGAAGCUGGGAGUCUACCUUGACUACGAGGAAGGACAGGUGUCUUUCUACAAUGUAGAGACACGCACUCAUAUCUUCACAUUUACUGCAAAUUUCCGUGAAACAUUGUUUCCACUUUUUGCACCGUUGGAUGGACGCACACUUAUCACACUGUCCACCGCUGAGGUCAAUCCAGAAACGGCUUCUCUCUAA